AACAAAAUCUACUUUGAGAAAACAUGGGUUCUCAAAUGGCCUCUAUUACUCUCACUAUUGCAUUCACAUUACUUUCUCUCACUUUGCCAUCUCAAGCAAACAACUACAUCUAUUCAUCUCCACCACCACCGCCGGUGCACUCACCUCCUCCACCUUAUCAUUAUAGUUCACCACCACCACCGGUACACUCACCUCCUCCACCUUAUCAUUACAGUUCACCACCACCACCGUCAGAGAAGCCAUACAAAUAUCCUUCUCCUCCACCACCAGUUUACAAAUACAAGUCACCACCUCCACCGGUAUACAAUUCACCUCCUCCACCAUAUAAGUAUCCAUCUCCACCGCCUCCUCCAUACAAAUAUCCAUCACCACCACCACCUGUUUACAAGUACAACUCACCUCCUCCUCCUUACAAAUAUAUAUCUCCUCCUCCAACACCAAUUUAUAAAUAUAAGUCUCCUCCUCCACCUGUCUAUGCACCACCAAUUUACAAAUAUAAAUCUCCUCCUCCACCGGUUUAUUCAUCACCACCGGUUUACAAAUAUAAGUCUCCUCCUCCACCUGUCUAUUCACCACCAAUUUACAAAUAUAAAUCUCCUCCUCCACCGGUUUAUUCACCACCACCAGUUUACAAAUAUAAAUCUCCUCCUCCACCGGUUUAUUCACCACCACCAGUUUACAAAUAUAAGUCUCCUCCUCCACCUGUCUAUUCACCGCCAAUUUACAAAUAUAAAUCUCCUCCUCCACCGGUUUAUUCACCACCACCAGUUUACAAAUAUAAGUCUCCUCCUCCACCUGUCUAUUCACCACCAAUUUACAAAUAUAAAUCUCCUCCUCCACCGGUUUAUUCACCACCACCCGUUUACAAAUAUAAGUCUCCUCCUCCACCUGUCUAUUCACCACCAAUUUACAAAUAUAAAUCUCCUCCUCCACCGGUUUAUUCACCACCACCCGUUUACAAAUAUAAGUCUCCUCCUCCACCUGUCUAUUCACCACCAAUUUACAAAUAUAAAUCUCCUCCUCCACCGGUUUAUUCACCACCACCAGUUUACAAAUAUAAGUCUCCUCCUCCACCUGUCUAUUCACCACCAAUUUACAAAUAUAAAUCUCCUCCUCCACCGAUUUAUUCACCACCACCAGUUUACAAAUAUAAAUCUCCUCCUCCACCUAUUUACUCACCACCCCCACCACACUAUGUCUACUCUUCACCUCCUCCACCGGUCUAUUCCCCUCCUCCACCACAUUACAUCUACGCAUCACCUCCUCCACCUUACCACUACUAAAUAGUGGUUUACGGUAGAUCCCUUGGAUUUUAGGUAUAUAUUGGAAAUAAGCAGGAAGAUGCAUUGGCAAUAAUACAAGGAAGCAAAGUUUCAACGUAGUUUGUUUCAAGAAAAGCCACUCUUUUUAUCUCAUGUGUUUUGCUAUUAUCAUUGUUAGUUUGUUUGGUUUUUGAACUUAGACAGUUCUAAGGCAUGUGUGUAAUGUAUUUUGCAACCUACUCGUUUGAAGGGGUCACCAAAAUUAAAUAAAAUAUUACGUUCUACUA